CCGCCCUCCAGCGGAAGCGCGGCAAACCUUCAGUAUUUAUUUACGGAGGUGAGGGAGGCGAAAACUUAAACUGACGGAUGGAGGUGGACAUCCUGGAGUUCCAGGUUCCUCUGGAGAACAACAAGACUCUGUUUGUGUGGGACAUCCAGCCCUCUUACACCGAGGCUCAUAUCUAUGACAGGUUGCAUCGUGUGUUCUCCUCCUUCGGUCCUCUGUACCUGUUGAAGGUGUGUCCUAAUGCUCCUCUUAGCCCUCCUGGGUUCUACGCCCUCAUCAAGUUCUACUCUGCUGCUCAGGCUUCAAAGGCACAACGGCGGACUGAUGGACGCUUGUUGUUCCAGGACUCUCCCCUCAAGGUGAGGCUGAGCUCCAAACAGAUGCCUCAGUUUCUGUCUAACGGCAGCAGACCUCUGAGCCACGCCCGCUGCGUGGAUCUGGCCAAUCACUGCCUAGGAUUCAACGGGUGGACCUCUGACAUCAUCACAUUGAAGGAGCUUACCAACGAAGAAGAAGGUGAGGUGAAGGAGGAGGAGGAGGAGGAGGGUGGAGGCACAGAGAGGAAGCUCAGGUUUGGCUGUUUGCUGCAGCUGUCCUUCCCUCAUCACGGACAGACGACCAGAGCAUCAGCUGUGGUGGAGGAACGCUUCACCUGCACAGGUCCAGAAGUUUUCCUUCAGAGACGUUGUAAACUACACCGGCUCGUCAGAGAGAGAGCUUUGGUCCAGGCCUUCUCUGCAGUAUUACUCAUACUGCUAGGUGAUGGUAAAGUGAUGGUGGAGGUGAAGCGGACCUCAGAUCAGCUGUUACCUGAGGACACCGAGGGAGUCCUGCAGGUGAACGAGUUUACUCCUGGUGAAGAGGAGGAGGAUGAUGAAGAAGAGUGGGACCUGACCGUAUCAUAAACACCCAGAACAGUGCAUUGUGGGAAACGCUGUGAGAGAUUCAUAUUAAAGCUUAAUUUAUUUAAUAAAUCUGUUUAAUUACUG